GCACCAGCGGUGUCUGAUCAAAGCACCGCUCGCGCUCGCGGUGGGCUAUGGCGCUUGAGGCAUGAGCCGUCCGGGCAUCGCCUGGCCUGCGACCGUGCGGCCCAAGGCCUUCGCCGCUCCGGCACCCGAGGAAGUCCGGCAAGAGCCUACCGCGACGAGGGUGGUGCAGAAUGGCGAGGACCCUGCGAGGCUCGAAAGCUGGGUGAUCGCCUGGGCGGAGAAGAUGUGUCAAGCGCUGGAGGGAGAGGCUUCACAGCCGUCGUCCGCACGCAACCCUGUCUCAGUACGGGGCAGCCAGGCGCGGGCUCGGCCCAAGGCCAAGGUGAAGUGCGAGAGGCCAAGGGUGGCCCUCCCGCGGGAACGCAUCGCGGCAGUGUCAGCUUUGAACAAGCUGGAGAGGGUGCUGCAGCCCUUCCUGUCUGUGGAGGACUUCUACUCGCCGAGGCAGAGCGCCUCCACUCCCAGAGGCACAGGCUUUGUUGUCGGCAAGCCGGGGGGCCAGCGUUACGCGCCGGCUGCCCGGGCAGGCUCGAAGGGCGCCGUGGAGCCUGCUGGGGCUGGCGCCGUGCGCCAUGCCUUCAGCCGAACGCAAACAGUGGGCGCACCGUGUGUGCAGAAAGUGGCCAGCGGGCCAAGCUGCAAGCCACAAGGAGUGAGAAGUGCGGGCUCAGAUGUCUCUGGUCCCAGGCCAACUGCCAGGUUUACUGAAGUGCUGGGGCCACGCGUUUACAGCGAUUGCAGCUUGCAGGGGCCCAGCCGAACAGCCCUCUCGGCGAUCAUGUCGAGCCCCCGGAGCAGUCUAAUGACCGACAUGCUCUCGCGAAGCAGUCCGCAAGUGUCCCGCGAGGGAUACGUUGCAGAUGUUGGCCCGAGGUUGGGACGCGAAGAGGCCUUGCACCUGCGGUUGGACCGCAUGCAGGACCUGCUUUCACAGGCUCAGAGCCACACAGCCGAGCAGCUUCGCUUGUUGCGCGCGGACUACAAGGAGCUGGAGCGAAUUCGGGAGGAGGAUCCCAAUCGAGAGCCUGGUUCGGAGCUUUCCUCGUCGGACGAGGACUGAGAAGCUGGCGGCCCGUGGCGAACUAUCGUGGAUGGCACAAGCUUAUUACUGUUCA